AUGAAUAAGAAAAAAGACAAGGAGUUUGUUGAUAAAAUGAUUGCUAAGUGUUUUGUGGUGAACAAUAUCGCUUUUAAUGUUGUUCAAACUGGUGCUUUUGGAGAAUUUGUUAAGGCAGUGGCUGAAUAUGGUGUAGCAUACAAGCUUCCAUCUUAUUCAACUCUUCGAACUAAAUUAAUUCCAGAAUCUAGAAAAGGUAUUGAUGCCUAUGUUGCUAUGGUGAAGUGUUCUUGGGAUACAUCUGGAUCUGGUUGCACUAUAAUGUCUGAUAUAUGGAUUAAUAUAAGGCACCGAUCUUUCAUUAAUCUUGUGACAUAUUCACCUAGCGAUGCAAUGUUUAUAAAAUCAUUGGAUCUUCUUUUGAAAGAGAUAUAUGAAGAAGUUAAUUGGGUAAAAGUUGCCACAGAUGAAGCAAGAAUAAUAGUUAUGUUCAUGACCCGGUACACAGUUCUUCAUGUAGCAAUGAAAAAGUUCACCAAAGAUAGACAAUUGAGACAACCUUGUGCCACAAGAUUUGCUUCAAAUUUUUUAAUGCUUCAAUUUGUGUUGGAUUUGGAGAAUGAACUUCGACUCUUUGUUGCUUCAACUGAAUGGAGGGGUUUUGAUUAUUGUAAGACCGAAUCAGGUAGAAGGGUCACUAAAAUUGUUCAGAGUGAUUUUUGGGCUAGAGGAAGGGAGGUUAUAAAAACUAUUGAGCCAUUGGUUCGAGUUCUUCGUUUGGUUGAUGGUGAUGGAUCUACUGCUGGUUACUUAUAUGAAGCAAUGAUGAGGGUAAAAGUUGCAAUCAAAGAAAAAUGUAAUAGUGAGGCAAAGCAAGAAUAUGGUGAGAUUACAAUGGGGAUGAUCUUCCUGUGCUCAAGAAAUCUUGAGAAAUUGGGGGAGCUUCCAGACUAUGAAUAUGAAGAAAUUCAUAUGGACGAAGAUGCUAAUUUUACACCAACAGUUGAGGGUUACAUGGAUGACUUAAUGGAUAAUGAUGACAUUGCUUGGUUGGACGAUGCUCUUUUUUGA